AUGCUCUCUCAUAUCGUUGAGUAUGAAUGCCAAUACACUGAUCAGCUUUACAAGAAACGUAAAAUCUGGCACGAUGGUAGACUGAAAUACUUUCAGUUAAACAACAGAUUCAUGCUUUAUACGGAAAAGGAUAACGUUUUGUUAGCUAGUGAAUUUAAAAUAAAUUCAAAAGAGCUGAAAGCAAUUCUAAAUCCAGAAGGUUUUGAUAUUGAAGAACAUAGGAUUUUUAGUCAGUUUUUGGUGAUUAUUUCAAAUAUUAUUGAGGAGUACGAUAGAGAUAUUCAAGUGGCAGCAACGCAUGUUAGGGCAUAUCCUUCAAAUUUGUCGGUGCAAAAACAACGCCCUCUUAUCUCAGACAAUGCACCAAGUUUGAAUCAUAUCUCAACUGCGAGAGAAGUUCAUUCGAACAUAAAAGUCACAACUCCCAAUCGCAAGCAGACAGAGGACAAUGCCACCAAGGGAGGAUUCAACAUCAGCAAACUUACUCUGAAGGUCAAUAAGCCUUUCAAGAAGCCCAAGAGGAUAUUAAGUACUAAUGUGGUAAAUGAAUCAAAUAGACCGAGCAUAAGGAGCCAAAAGAUUCAGGAAGUGACACCACAACUACACGAAACAAACACAAGCACUAAAGUGCAGACAGCCGGAAAAGUUGCGUUGAAUAAUGAUAAUAUUGCGCAAGGUAAUUACGCCACGAUUACCGAAGAAGCUAAAGUCAGAGACGGUUCCGACAGAAAGAAAGAUAUGGCGAACCUAUCCAAAAGUGGUAAAAGGAGAGUGGGCGGGAUACGAAGAAUUGUUCACGAACCCCUCGGAAUUUGA